AUCUGCUCUGUGGAACAGGGUUAAGCGGAGUCCAAAGGCUUCUGAUACUGUGGAGGAAAAGAUUGGGAUUGGCUUUGUUGUGCCAAAUGACACAAGAUGGAACUCUGUAUUUCUGGCCAUGGAGCGACUGUCUCGCAUUGCAACAUUAACUACGAAGGCAGAAAUGAAUGUGGCUGUCACCUCUGCAAAUGAUGCAACUCCCCUACAUGAAGAGCUGAUCCUGCACACUGUGAGUGAUGAGUUUGGCUUUCGUCGAUUCUCACCAGAUGAAGUCAACUUCAUACACAAUUUUGUAGAUGUGAUGAGGCCUUUGGCACUCGCACUGAACAUCCUCCAAGCAGAGAAGAACAUCUAUCUUGGGUACCUGGCUCCAACCAUUGUACAACUGCAAUGUCAUAUGAAUGACCUGUUGGAUGAGAGCAUGAAACCCACUGCUGCAGAAGGUCUCAUUACAUGCCGUCCCCUUAUAAAGAGCAUCUUGCAGUCACUGAGCACAAGGCUGGCAGGUCUUCUCGAGAAGAGGGAGCACAUACUGUCUGCUAUGCUGAUGCCAAGAUUCAAGGGAGACUGGGUCCAAGAUGAGGAGAAAAGGAUACAGUACAGAUUGAUGCUGAAACGAGAAUUUCAAAGCUUCCACUCUGAUGACUCCGAUGCAAGAGACUCAGGUCAAUCCCCAUCCAGUGGUGAAAGUGACAAGAAAGAUCCUGCAGUUUCAUUCUUUAAGUUUAACAAACACGCUCUGCAGGUUUCUCGGAAAACUGAAGUGGACACUUAUUUGGAUGCCCCAACCACAGAUGGGUUGGACGAAUACAUGACAUUUCCAAAACUGAAAAGGCUGUUCCUAAAAUACAACACUGCACUGCCCUCAAGUGCACCAGUAGAGCGGCUCUUCAGCAUCGGUGGUCAAAUAUUCAGACCCAGGAGAAACCGGCUGGGAGAUGCAAACUUUGAGAGGCAGCUGAUCUUGAAUGCUAACAAAAAGAUUUGAAGGUAUUUGUUGUGACCUGUUUUUUGGGCUAUAGAAGUACAAUGUAUUGCCAAUGGAGAUGUGUAUAUGGAUGUGCAGAGGCUAGCUGCAUACAAAUAACAGCCUUUCUUGUUUUUGCAGGAAGAAAGAAACCGCAGAUCCACCAUUGCUUUCUUUAGGUCACUUUUCAGUAUAACUGAAAUGGAAUUUGGAAAAUGAUUUGAAAUGAAAAAACAUUUGCAUCUUAAAGGACUAUAGUCUUGUUUUUGUUUUCAUAAUAAAGACCAUUCAAGCAGCAA